GGAGAGAGAGAGAGAGAGGGUUUUUGGCUUCUUGCGUGACGUGUGUAUUAUAUGGUAAUUGCCGGCAGUUUUGUUAUCAUUGUUAGAUGCAGUAGGGUAUUUCGUCUUCGUUUUUGUUUUGUAGUUUCCACGUGGACAUGGAGAAGUCACAGUGACCAACUGUUUACUCCUUGUUUUAUUUUUUUAUUUUAAUAUUUUGAUUUAUUUAAUACUGAUAUUUCCUUUAUUCAAAACCAUAUAAUUCAAUAAAUAAAAGGACAAAAGGCCGACUUCAUCUCUGCUCGGCUUUUGAUUCCGGCGACUCCUGGUGGGUCUCUCUAAUCCCUGAUUCGAACAGUUUCAUUUUUCGAUUUUCUCUCUUCUUUUCCUCCUUUCACUUAGUUUUUUCUAAACCAGUUUCAUAUUCAAAUUGUUUUGAUUUCUACAUGGGGUUGAGCUUUCAUCUUUUAUCUAUUGUAACUCCUACCUGGCCUCAAUCUUCUGUAGUCUCCUCUGUGACUCUUUUUCCAGGGUUAUAGUUCUCUGAAGGUUUUUUUUUUUAGUGGUGCUAGUUUUCCUUUUAUCCCAGUUGGUUAGAUGAGUCACUUUUGUUAGAUUUCUUUCAUCUCCUUUCGGUUAUGGUUGUCUUCUCUUUUCCUUAUUCCAAGGGUUUCUGUUCCUACAACUUUGGAUAUUUUUUUGAGACCCUUUACAUGGCAGCUCUUUCAGGUUUGCACUGUCCUAUUGAUAUAAAAGAUGGGUCUGUCCGUAAGAAGGUUUCUUCUUCAGUCAUGAUUAUUGGUUGGAUGGUAUUUCCAAUUCCAUCCCCUCAAUCAAUGUUGUUGAAGGGUUUCAGUGAGUAUUGGUAAAGCUCCUGAAUCAUGGAAUCUUCUUAUGAGGCAGUAAGAAAUGAUGAACCAGCCAAUCCUGGCCUUCAGAUUAUUAGGUACACCCCUUACCAAUCCUGGUCAUCACCUUGGUUUGAUUUGAGAGUUUUUUAUGUGAGAAUCAGCAAUUUUGAGGUUGAUGAUUCAACCCCUGAAUACCUCACUCUCAAUCACAUCCCCUUAAGCCCUGACACCCUCCUUGAAGUGAAUGGCACCAGAAGUAGUAUUUUCUCAGAUGGAGUCUCCUCCCUUUUGAGAAGGGAUCGAGUGGAUAAGAAGUCUGAAGAAGCCACAUUUGUGAGCACAGACAGUAUAAGGUUGACUGGGAGUGUCAAAUUUGAGGUUUUCGAUAAAGAGGAUCUCAUUCUUUCAGGUGCUUUGGAGAUGUCCAAUAGUAAUGGUUUUAUUGGGGAGUCGAAGACCAAUGCCAAGCAAUGGAGCAUGAAUUGUGAAUCAGAAAUCACUGCAGGAACUGCCUUCUUGAAGGGUAAACAAAUUGUUGGUUCUGAGUUACCACCUCCAACCAUUGAGGUCUAUGUUGCAGGCUGUUUCUCAGGAACUCCAAUCAUCUUAACCAAGACUUUGCAGCUUAGUUUUCGGAAGAAGCAUAAUAGGAAGGGUGCAUUGGAUUCUAUUCCUGAGUAUGAAACGACUGAAUGCCAGAAAAAUGUUCCAUCAUCGCUUGAUUUGCAGAUGUCUGAAUACACAAACUACAAGCCUGAAAGUGAAGAAGACUACAUGUACUGGAGGAGAACAGAAUUUAUGGAAGGUGAAGAUGGUGAACUCUCCUGGUUCAAUGCUGGUGUGAGGGUUGGUGUUGGGAUUGGCCUUGGCAUUUGUCUGGGAAUCGGAAUAGGAGUUGGGUUGCUGGUCCGUACUUAUCAAGCAACCACCCGAAACUUCAAAAGGGGGCUCAUGUAAUUCCCAUUGUCUGCACAACAACUUUCUCCCUCAAAUCCAAAGGCAGCUGACUGACUUGUUUUUGAGAUUGCAUCUUUGACAAAUUUUUACAGGCUUUGAAGUCACCUUCGUGUAGCUAACACAGACAUUGCUGUUCAGUAAGCUUUUUGUUUGAUUUUUAAGUUUCAUUGCUAUUGUGGUGUUUGUUUGUUUAGAAGGGCAUGAUAAUUGUGAAGCUGGUAGAAGUGGAAAGGGCUUACAAAUCCCUGAAUCGUCGAGAUGAUAUAUAUAUGUUUAAGCUUGUAUCACUUGCAUUGCAAUGUAAAUAAAUGUUGUUCCUGGAACUGUUGUAUCAAUAUAUAAUUUGGAUAAAUAUAUCCGUGUUUUUUA